CUCCUUGAUGAUGUUGAUUGGCGGUUCAAACAUAAUGUUGGAAAGUUCAAUGAUUUGGAUGAUCAUGUGGGCAAUUUUACCUUCUACAACAUCAUUUUCGUUGUAUCAUGCAGCCAAAACAUUGAAAUUCGUUUCGGAUUUGCAGCCGAAUAGCAAUUACGAGUAUGCCUUUGAAACCGACAAAGGAAUCCGCAUCCAGCAAACAGGAACAAUAAAAAAUCUAGAAACCGAUAAAAUCCCGCAGGUGACUGGAUCCUUCUUCUAUCAUUCUCCAGAAGGACUCCCCAUUCAUCUAGAAUAUAUAGCAGAUGAGAACGGGUUUCAGCCACAUGGAGCCCAUCUUCCGACUCCUCCACCCAUUCCGUUGCAGAUUCGACGAGCCCUGGAAUGGAUCGAGGAGCAGAAGAAGAAGCAGGCUCUUGACGAUAUCAAGCAAAGCUUUUUUGAGAAUGUGCAGAAACUGAGAGGCUGAUUAGCGACAGUCUUAUCGAUUUUAUAUGGCAGUUAUUAGAUACAGCUGUGCAAUCGUC